AUGGUUAUGGAUAUAAUACUGGAUGUUACAUCUGGACAGGAGAUCUCUUGGCAGAUGACAAUGGAAGAACCUUAUACAUCAGAGUACCGGCAGCUGAAUCAAAGAAUCCUAGUAAGUUUUAAGCGGUCCCUAGUGAUUGCAUUAGUCUCAGGAAUAACAGGAUUUCUUACAAUAAUUGUAGCUAUUUCUUGUGGAUCGGAAGAAAACUACAAGGAAGAGAAGAGGAAACAGGGUGAGAUCAUAAGUAACAUUGGUGGAAAGAAUGACACAGAACUACCAGUGUUUGACUUGAAGAGUAUAUUAGCUGCUACUGAAGACUUCUCUGCAGCAAAUAAACUGGAUGAGAGAGGAUUUGGCCCUGUUUAUAAGGGUAUUUUGCCUGGAAAUCGAAAAGUGACCAUAAAAAUGCUGUCAAAGAAGUCUGGUCAAGGGCAUCUAGAGUUCAUGAAUGAGUUGAAGCUGAUAGCCAAGCUGCAACAUACCAAUCUUGUUAGGCUUUUAGGCUGUUGUAUUGAAGAGGAGGAAAGGUUGUUGAUCUAUGAGUACAUGCCUAAUAGAAGUUUGGACAAAUUUUUGUUUGAUCCAUAUGAAAGAACAAAAUUGGAUUGGGAUAGACGCUUUAGAAUUAUAGAAGGCAUUGGUCAAGGACUACUUUAUAUCCACAAGUACUCGAGAUUGAAAAUCAUUCAUAGGGACCUAAAAGCAAUUAAUAUUUUGUUGGAUGAAGCAAUGAAUCCUAAAAUCUCGGACUUUGGAAUGGCAAGGAUAUUCGAUAUAAUUCAAAGUGAAGCAAAUAGCAAUAGGGCCUGGAAACUGUGGAAAAAGGGUAGAGGAAUGGAGGUAAUUGAUGAAUCAGUAAGGGAAACAUGUCGACCUCUUGAAGCUUUAAGGAGUAUCCAUGGGUUUCUGUGUGUUCAAGAAGCCCCAGCUGAUCCACCAACAAUGUUUUCUGUAGUUCAUAUGUUGCAAGCCGACGAAAGUACAACACUUCCACCCUCCAAAGAACCUGCAUUUUCAACACACAAGAAUUCCAGUGUUGCUAGUUCUUCUUCUCAAACAUCUAGAAUUUUUUCCGCUAAUCAAUUGACCGUUAGUAUCCUAGCUAGAAGGUCGAUAGAGGUUCAAUGUCAGUCGGUGAUAAAUCUUCCGACAGUAUAUACCUUGGCCUUUGAUCAAUUAAAUGCUCGGAUUGUGCUUCAGAGUUUCUAUGGGUCCAAUUCUGGUGUGUCUGCAUAA